CGCAAUGCGAGGAGCACGGGCUGAAGACAUGGAGGCCUGUCUUCACGUGCGGGAGGCAGCAUCCAACACCCACCCCCGCCUUUUUCCCCCUGACAAAAAUUUUCUGGGGGCUGUGAUUGGUCAAUGGCGGCUACAGUCGUGCCGGCUGCACGGCCGUGCGUCGUCAUUCCGGUCAAUUCGGUCUGUCUCGUCCGCUCGCUUGUCUCGGUUUGGGAGCGACAGCUUCGACUGGAUGCACUUCGGAAAUGACAUUUCGUGGGGAAUGAUAACGACUUCAACAUCUCGGGCUUCUUCUGAUUCUACAUCAUCAAACUACAUGCAAACUAAGGCUCGCCAGCGCAUGUUCUCGCAAGAAAAUAUCGCAUUCUUCACCGACGGCAACAACGUCGACGAUAUUCCGCCGAUCUCCGAGUGCCGCGCAGUGUGCCCGCUAGUAGCUCAACUUUCGCCCUUCACUAAUCUGGCCGCUUGGAUGGAUCCUGCAUUUUCAGCAUCUUCACAUCAACACUGACUGACUGUCUUGUCUUGAUUAUCAAGAACCUCAGCGCUUGUCUUUGAUGCCCAGCGACGCUGUUUCAUGACUCCUUGGCAUUCAGUCCUGACCACGCCGACAGGGUCGCGGACAACUUGAUGUUCGGUCGGAUGCGAUCUCUGAGGACCCACCUUCCUUUUCGCUACCAUCCGACGAGAAUCAUAGCCAAUCGUCGCGAACAUUGUCCUGACAAUGCAGAAGAGUCCAUUGGAAGUGGGCGAAACAUGAAAUAUUGCGAUCGAAUACGACGUGCCGACUUUGCAUGCUGGGCUUUCACUCCUUUCCAUCAUUCCAAAUGGGCUUUUGCUGCCACUACCACAGACGACUCGGGUUGGUCGCUCUAAAUGGACGCCAGCCAAGUGACUGCAACAUCCCCAACACGAAUGUCGACAGCAUGUCUCGAGUCUUGACACCUCCAAUCUGGUUACACCCAAGUGAUGUGUAGCAACGGCUCUCGCGAUAUCUGAGGGUCCAGCGCACCGGUUUCCUCGAUGAUGUUGGCGAUGGAUGGCAAACAGGGCCCUGGUUUUUCCACAUGGACCAGCAACCCGAAAACGGUGCUGACAAAGGAAACACUGCACUCGAAUCAAGGAUCAAACAGCAUCAUGGACAACACAUAACUAGAUCAUCCACUCCACCACAGCCACAAACAUGGCUCGUUCGUGCAAUUGCCUUGGCCCGGAGACCACGGAUGUCGCAUGUAUGCUCUCCUUCGUCGGACGUUGUGCGUGUGCAAGUUGGGUUUCAGCAAGUGGUGAUGUCAUGGUAUCCAGUCGCGAUAGGAGACCCACCGGUCACCACCAUGGAGACAAUCAUGGCGAUGUCAACAUCCAACCCGAUAUAAAGACAGCAGCCGUGAUCUGGGAGGUUUGGAUGUUGUCUCAGCAUAAUAUUCCACAUCAGAUUUUACCAUCAUCGCAAUCAUGUCUUCAAACGACGCACCGGUUUACACACUUGCCGAGGGACGCCCCGUCCAGGACCCUUCGGCUGCCACGGUCCUGAUGGGCUCGAAGCCUCGUGGCGGAGCCCUCUCUCUCCUCGCAGACACCCAGCUGAUCGAAACCCUCGCCCACUUCCCCCGAGAACGCAUCCCCGAACGUGUCGUCCACGCCAAGGCAGCCGGUGCCUGGGGAGAGUUUGAGUGCACGGAAGAUGUCUCGGACUUUACAUCUGUUGACUUUCUCAACAAGGUCGGAAAGAAGACCAAGGUCCUGGCCCGUAUUUCCACGGUGGCGGGUGAGAAGGGCUCUGCCGAUACGGUUCGUGAUAUCCGCGGUUUCGCCGUCAAGUUCUUCACCGAGGAAGGCAACUGGGACUUUGUCGGCAAUGACCUGCCCGUCUUCUUCAUCCGCGAUCCCGUCAAGUUCCCCAGUCUCAACCGCUCCCACAAGCGUCACCCCCAGACCAACGUGCCCGACUCGACCAUGUUCUGGGACUUCCACAACAACAACCAAGAAGGCGUCCACUGCUUGAUGCAGCUCUUUGGCGGCCGUGGCAUCCCCGCCUCUCUCCGCAAUGUCAACGCCUUUGGCAACCACACCUACAAGUUCGGCAAGCCCGAGGACGGCACGUUCAAGUACGUCAAGAUCCACUUGAAGCCCGACGCCGGCAUCAAGAACCUCGAGUCCGACGAAGCCCUCCGCCUGGCUGGCGAGGAACCCGAUUUCCACAUCAAGGACAUGUACAAUGCCAUCGAGCGCGGCGACUACCCCACCUGGACCAUGUACUUCCAGAUCAUGGACCCCAAGGACGCCGAAACCUACCGGUACAACAUCUUUGACAUUACGCAGACCUGGUCGCAUCGGGACUAUCCCCUGCGUCCCAUCGGUAAACUCAGGCUUAACAAGAACCCGGAAAACCACUUCCAGGAUAUCGAGCAAGCCGCCUUCUCCCCCUCCACCAUGGUCCCUGGCAUCGGCCCUAGCGCCGACCCCAUGCUCCAGGCUAGAAUGUUCUCCUACCCUGAUGCCGCCCGCUACCGUGUCGGACCCAACUACCAACAACUCCCUUGCAACCGCGCCUUGCACGUCUAUUCUCCGUACCAGCGUGACGGUCCAAUGCGCGUAGACGGCAACUAUGGUGGCGACCCGGAUUAUGUGCGGUCUUCCUUCCGUCCCAUGCGUUUCGGUCCCCCUGACGUCGCUCACGACGAGUGGGCCGGUAAGGUUGCCUUGUUCACCUCGGAAGUGACCGACCUCGAUUUCGAGCAGCCGAGGGAUCUGUGGAAGAUCUUUAAGGAGACCGGAGAAGACAAGCGGUUUGCCAAGAACGUGGCGGCGCAUGUGGGCAAGGCGUUGCCGGAGGUGCAAAAGAAGACAAUCGAGAUGUUUAGUAAGGUUGAUCAGGAGGUGGGCGAGGCUAUCCAAAGAGAGUUGGAUGAGCUUGAGAAGAAGGGCGGUGCGGGCAUUGAGCAUGACAAGGCGCCGGUGAAGGGGAAGGGCAUGAGGUGUAAGGAUUCGAAGGAUGAUGAGUGAUGCAUUGCAACUUGUGAAUAAUGAUAAAUUUUAUAGCGC